AUGGCGUCUCUUAAAUCGAGUGAUCAAACCAGUCGUACCUCUCAACCAAACACUGAAAUCAAUUCUUCAAAUCUUCCAAAUUCAUAUUUUCUCAAUUCCAAUGAAAAUUCAAGCAACAUCUUGGUUACACAACCACUGCUUGGAAUCAAGAAUUAUCACUCUUGGUCAAGGGCUAUGAUCUUAGCUCUCACUGCCAAGAAGAAGAUAGGUUUCAUUAAUGGCAAAAUUACUGAGCUAGAUCCAGAAUCUCCUCUCUAUGAAGAUUGGUUAAGCUGCAACACAAUGGUGAUUUCAUGGAUGAUUAACUCCAUGCACAUUGAUGUAUCUAGUAGCAUAAUGUAUUGUCAAACUGCAAGAGAGAUGUGGCUUGAAUUGCAAAAACGUUUUUCACAGGGUAGUGGUCCCAAGAUCUACAAUCUUCAGAAGGAGAUUUCUAACAUCUCUCAGAACCAGAUGACGGUCACAGAGUAUUUCACAAGAUUCAAGAAGCUAUGGGAUUAA